AGAAAAUUACAGGAAAAGAUUCCUUGGAUAUGAUCAUCAUAUGAAUCAAUAAUAGCAAAUCUGUUUUGAAACCAAUUAUCAACAUGGAAACAAGAAAAGAGUGGAAGUUGAAAGGAAAUAGUGAUAUAAAAACUGCAUCUUCAUUCUCAAUCGCUCGUGUGAUUGCAGAUGUGAAGACAAACAUCAAUCUAAGUGAUGAAAGACCAGUUAUACCUCUCAGCAUCGGAGACCCUUCUAUAUUUCCAUGCUUUCGAACCCCUCAAGUAGCACAAGAUGCAGUAGUUGAUGCUUUAACAUCUGCUAAAUUUAAUGGUUGUGCACCUAAAGGUGGACUUGUACAAGCAAGAAGGUCUGUAGCUGAGUACCUCUCUUGUAACCUCCCUUAUAAACUAUCACCUGAUGAUGUUUAUGUGACCUCUGGUGCCAAACAAGCUAUUGAAAUCGUAUUAACUGCGCUAAGACGUCCAGAUGCAAAUAUAUUACUUCCUAAGCCUGGUUAUCCAGCAUAUGAAGCUCUUUCGGUUAUUAAUCGUCUUCAAGUCCGCCAUUUCGACCUUCUUCAAGAAAAAGACUGGGAGGUAGACUUAAAUGGACUUGAAGCAGUGGCAGAUGAUAACACCGUUGCUAUGGUCAUUAUCAAUCCCGGGAAUCCUUGUGGCAAUGUAUUCACACAAGAUCAUCUGAAAAAGAUUGCUGAGACUGCUAGAAGGCUGGGAAUAUUAGUGAUAGCAGAUGAAGCAUAUGGUCAUUUGACUUUUGGAAGUAAUCCAUUCGUGCCGAUGGGGGUGUUUGGUAAUAUCGCACCUGUUUUAACCCUCGGGUCUAUAUCGAAGAGAUGGAUGGUUCCUGGAUGGCGAGUUGGUUGGAUAGCAAGAAGUGACCCUCAUGGUAUUUUUGAAGAACAAGGGAUUGUUGAGUGCAUCAAGAGGUCUCUUAACGCCAAUUCGGAUGCUGCAACGUUCAUGCAGGCAGCCCUUCCGCAAAUUCUUGAGAAAACCACAGAUGAUUUCUAUGUGAAGACGAUCAACAUACUAAAAAAAGAUGCUGAUAUGUGUUAUGAACGGUUGAAGGAGAUCCCGUGUUUUACAUGCCUAAAAAGGCCUCAAGGAUCACUCUUUUUUAUGGUAAAGUUAGACAUGUCACGACUGCAAGGCAUAAACGAUGACAUGGAGUUUUGCUCGAAACUUGCUAAAGAGGAGUCUGUCAUCCUUUUGCCAGGGUUUGUAUUGAGAAUGGAGAAUUGGGUACGCGUCACAUUUGGAAUUGAGCCAUCUGCUCUUGAAGACGGGCUUGCAAGGAUUAAAGCAUUUUGCCUGAGGCAUGCAAGCAAGUGCUAGAAUUGUUCUGUUAAUUUCAAGAUAUUGUGUUUAUAUUGUCCCGACAACAUGGACACGAAGGAUGAAUAUCGCACAUGAGAAGAAUAUUAACCGAUUAGUGAAACCGUGUGUAUCUUCCUUAAAGAUGUCAACAACAGUAGAUAUAUAUACUUGUAUUCUUUAACUAACCUUAUACAAAUAGACGUCUUGCCUGUCAAAUCUUUUUUGUCUUGUAUUAUAUUAUUAUAAUAAAUAUAACAAACUGUGUUUUCGUA